AGUACUGCUUAUUUGAAUUGCAAAGUAGCCGCUAAAAGCAGAGCUUCGCGAAAGUGAGCACCGAUUGGUUGAUAGCCACAAAGUACUUGCCAACUAGAUAAUCACUAGAUGGAAAACUGAAAUCGUGCUCGCCACUUUUUGCCUGUACUGAAGAACGGAGAACCUAGCCACAAACCAAAUUUGCUCACCUCGUAUGGAAGAAAUUAAUCAAUUUAACGUUUAAGCGUGGUAUAAAAAUGAUGAUUUGAUUCUUAAGAAAAGACUCUAUUGGGAAAACAAGGCAUGAUGCCUAAUGGAUUUUCUUCUGUAUGGAAAUAUGAGGAAUUUCCGCGUUGCACCGUAUUACCGUGACGGAAAAGAUGCAAGAACCUUGUUGUAAAUAUCUAUCGUUACACCAUGAAUCUUGAGGUGAUCUCAAAGGAUCCUCAAAAUGAUAGCAACGGAGUUAGUCCCAACGGAAACAGUAAACAUGUCAGCAAUGGGUCGAGAUUUUUGCCUGUCAAUAACAAACCUAAGAAGGCAAGAUUAUCGCAGCCAAGACCAAGUGUAUGGACGCUUAAGGAUGUGCAGAAAGUCUUUCCAAAGGAGGGUGCAACAUCACUUUUCAUAUUUCGCGAGAGAAACUUUAUCAGAAAGUAUGCAAAAUUGGUCGCUGAGUCAAAAGCUUUCGAUUAUUUCAUCCUGCUCACAAUACUCUUCAACUGCAUUGUGCUAAUUUUUGAUGCACCACUGCCGGAAAAUGACAAGUCUCAGAUGAAUGAAGUUGCUGAAAAAAUUGAAUACUACUUCCUUGUCAUUUUCUUAUUCGAAGCAAUAGUAAAAAUUGUCGCCAUGGGAUUCGUGCUUCAUCCGCGAGCAUAUCUGAGAAGUGGCUGGAACAUCUUAGACUUUACUGUAGUUGUUGUUGGAGUGGUUAUCCUUAUUUUGAGCUCUUCAAAAGACGGAAAUGCUAGCAAUAUAAACAUCAAGUCGCUGCGUGCUAUCCGCGUACUGAGACCACUAAAACUCAUUUCUGGAAUACCAAGUCUACAAGUUGUUAUGACAUCUGUAGUUCGUGCCAUGUUUCCUCUAAUGCAGGUUUUGUUUCUAAUAAGCUGCGUGAUUAUCAUUUUCGCAAUCAUUGGUCUUGAGUUUCUGAUGGGUAGAUUUCAUUAUGCCUGCUUCAAUCAAACUUCUAAGACGUGGGAAAAUCCGAAAACACCAUGUGAUCCAAACUUAAACAAAACAGUAUUUGUUUAUGGAAAGCGAUGUCCCAAAGGAUUUGAAUGCAAAAGAGGAUGGACCGGUCCAAACUCUGGCAUUACGUCAUUUGACAACAUUUUCUUGUCGAUGCUUACAGUUUUCCAGUGUAUUACGAUGGAAGGCUGGACUGAUAUCAUGUAUAAUACUUUCUAUGCAAUCGAUGAACAUGGAUAUAUGUACAGUUUCUUAUUUAUAGCGUUAAUAGUAAUUGGUUCCUUCUUCAUGCUAAAUCUCUUCCUUGGAGUUCUUAGUGGUGAAUUUGCGAAAGAAAGAGAGAAAGUUGAGAACAGAAGAAGCUUUCUUAAGCUAAGGCAAAGCAAACAGGUGGAAAGACAGUAUGAUUGCUACAUGGAGUGGAUUCUUAAAGGGGAGGAAAUAUUGGCGCAGGAGGUAUCACAGGAGUCAAACAGCUCUCCUAAGGAAAGCACAGAGAAGAUCGCUGAUGCUGCUCUCAACCCAGCCAUUGUAUUUACUGCAAAUCGCUACACUUUUAAUUCUUCAACAAGUCAUAGGAAAUCCAAAUUUGCUAGGAUAAAGGAGCAAAUGAAAAUUUCAAGAAUAAAGAUACGAUAUUUUGUUAAGCAUGGUGCAUUUUAUUGGAGUGUUUUGAUGAUGGUAUUCUUAAACACUUGUAUUGUCGCUACGAACCAUUAUGACCAACCAAGGUGGUUAACUGACUUUCAAAGGGUAUCUGAAAUCUUCUUUGUUACAAUAUUCACUGCUGAAAUGCUGCUAAAACUGUAUGGCCUUGGUCCAAAACAGUAUUUUCACUCAAUGUUCAAUGUUUUUGACUGCGUUGUUGUAAAUUUAAGCAUCCUUGAGAUAGUUAUUGUCAAUUUUUCCAACGACUUCGAUUUGGGAUUAAGUGUCAUGAGAAGUUUGCGCCUUCUAAGAAUUUUCAAGGUCACAAAGUAUUGGUCAUCGCUUAGAAACCUCAUCAGUUCGCUCAUGAAUGGCAUGAAAUCAAUUCUCAGCUUAAUAUUUCUACUAUUUCUGUUCAUCGUCAUAUCAGCCCUUCUUGGGAUGCAGCUAUUUGGUGGGAGGUUUGAAAAGUUAGAGGAGUAUCCAAGAACUAACUUUGACACAUUUGUUGAUUCCUUGAUGGCAGUCUUUCAGAUCAUGACAGGAGAAGACUGGAAUGCUGUGAUGUACAAUGGUGUUAAUGCAUAUGGUGGUCCGAAGAAAACCGAAGGGCUAGUGAUGUCUCUCUAUUUUGUCCUGUUAGUCAUUUUUGGGAAUUACACGCUGCUGAACGUCUUUCUUGCUAUCGCCGUUGAUAAUCUAACAAACGCUGAAAUCCUGUCACAAGAUGAAGAAGAUGAGCAGAAAUUGUUAACAAGGCAGAGGACUGCCCGUGCUGGAUUUACAGGACCAGGCACACAUUGGACCAAGUUAAAAGCACUUUCGUUUGUAAGAACGCUUCAAAGGCAGGUAGAAGAGGAAGAAAACCGUGCCAAUAUGGAAAAAUCAGUUUUAGCCAACAACUUGGUUUCUAAUGAAGGAGAGAAAGUUGAGAAAGAUAACAAAAAUAUGAUGGAGAAAAGAGUAAACCCAGUCAGUGCUGAGAUUCAAAGAAAGUGGAACAAGAUUCUACAGCAACAAUCAUCUGUUCCACUGGUUGUGGAAAAUUAUGUUGCUGUGAAUGAGGACCAGAAUAAGAAUAUUGAGAAUAACAGCUUGGCCAGAUCAAAUACUAACGCGGUUGCUAAUGGGGACGUUUCAGAUCAAUGUGACAAUGUUGAAAAAAUGAUACGAGAGGAUGGCCUUUUAAAUGUUAUGAAGACAAAUGUUGCAGAUAGAAGAAGAGUGCAGAAGCAAAACCCUGCCUUUCGGGAGGUUUCAAUGUUUAUCUUUACGCAAGAAAAUCCAAUUCGACGAUUUUGCCAUGCAAUCGUUCAUCACAGAUUCUUCGAUCCUUUUAUCAUGGGAGUCAUUUUUGUCAGCUCAUUGACCCUUGCUAUAGAAGACCCUUUGAAUGAUGAAAGCAAGAUUAAUCAGGUGCUAAAGUACUUUGAUUACGUAUUUGCCGCGAUAUUUUCAUUAGAAGUCAUUUUGAAGUUCAUCGAUAUUGGUUUGUUUCUUCACAAAGGCGCUUACUUCAGGGAUUUUUGGAAUAUCCUUGAUUUCUUCGUUGUUGCAUGCAACAUUGCAUCUAUCGUUGUGAGCUUACAGAGUGCUGACUCCAGAACAAAAACAAGCCAGACUGUCAAAGCUUUGCGAGUACUCAGAGUUCUUCGACCAUUGAAGGCUAUUAGCAAAAUCAAAAAGCUGAAAGCCGUUUUUCAGUGCAUGAUAUUCUCGUUGAAGAAUGUGGCAUUUGUGCUGAUUAUAACUAUGUUCUUCCUCUUCAUAUUUGCGUGCAUUGGUGUGCAGCUAUUCAAGGGAAAAUUCUUCCACUGCACUGAUACUUCAAAAAUGACCAAAGAAGACUGCAAAGGCGACUUUUACUGGUUUCCAUCCAAGGAGAGUGUUGUUGAUAACAAACCAACAGUAAAGAAAAGAGAAUGGAAGCAUUACGACUUUCAUUUUGACAAUGUUUUUCAUGCCAUGAUAACCCUUUAUGCCUCGUCAACUGGAGAAGGCUGGCCUGGGGCUAUGCAUAGGACGAUUGAUGCAACAAAAAUUGACCAGGGUCCUAUAACAAACAGUAACCCGCAGCUGUGCAUAUACUUUAUUGUAUUUGUGAUCGUAUUUACGUUCAUGAUUAUCAACAUUUACGUUGCUUUAAUCAUACUUACAUUUCAACGGCAAGGGGAAAGAGAGUUAACAGAGGGCGGUCUUGAUAGAAAUCAGAGAGACUGCAUUCAUUUUGCGUUAACAGCGAAGGCAAAACAUCGAUACAUGCCAAAAGACAAGCAUUCAUUUUCGUACCGUGUAUGGUACGUCGUUGACUCGAGGCCAUUCGAAUACUGCAUUAUGCUUUUCAUCGUGCUGAACACAAUACAACUGAUGAUGCGGUAUGAUGAAGCACCUACUACAUAUAAAAAUAUGCUGACUGGUUUCAAUAUCUCAUUCACUGUCUUAUUUUGCCUGGAGGCGGCGUUGAAGAUUAUAGCAUAUCGUGUGAAUUAUUUCAAAGACCCGUGGAAUCUUUUCGACUUUUUAGUAGUGCUGGGAAGUGUGCUGGAUAUAAUUCUUAAUUACGUAAAUCCAAGAAGCUUUUUAGACCCAAGUAUGUUUCGAUUAUGUCGUGCAGCCAGAAUCAUAAAACUUCUUCGAUCUGGCACAUCGAUCCGUCUCAUGCUGUGGACAUUCCUCCAAUCCUUUAAGGCUUUACCAUACGUCACAGCUUUGAUAUUAUUACUUUUCUACAUGUAUGCUGUAAUUGGCAUGCAGGUUUUUUCAAAGAUAAAAUAUGGUGAUGUCAUAACUGAAUAUAACAACUUUCGCACUAUCAUUCAAGCUUUGCAAGUACUGUUCAGGUCUGCUACAGGUGAAGGCUGGAACAGUAUAAUGCGUGCAUGCUACGAUGAAGCUCCUUGUGAGGUGACUUCUGGCAGCAAUACGACUUGUGGAAGCACGUUCAUGGCAAUAUUCUACUUCACCACAUUCAUAUUCUUUUGCAUGUUUCUGAUGCUGAAUCUUUUUGUCGCUGUCAUUAUGGACAACUUUGAAUAUUUAACGAGAGACUCAUCUAUCCUCGGGCCUCAUCAUCUCGAUGAAUUUGUUCGCGUAUGGUCUGAAUACGACCCUACUGCAAGUGAAAGACUCCAUCAUCAAAUGCUUUACACCUUUAUGUGUCACAUGGCACCUCCCGUUGGAUUUGGAAAGAAAUGCCCUAAGUCACUGGGGUACAAGCGAUUGAUCAGGAUGAACAUGCCUGUUGGAGGUGAUCAAACGGUGACAUUCCAUGCAACUUUAUUUGCAUUGAUAAGAACGAGUCUGGAUAUCAAAAUGAAAGGAAACAUGUUCAAAAAUGACCAACAGCUUAGAAGAUCGAUACAGCUAAUUUGGCCCAACAUGCCAGAGAAAAACAUAGAGAAAAUUUUGCCAAAACAGACAGCCGCAUCUAGCCAGCAAAUGACAGUCGGAAAAAUUUAUUGCGUCAAACUACUUGUGACCAAUUACAGGGCAACCAAAGCCAAAGAGGAGGUUGUUUCGCAAAAAGACGAACCACAGGGGACGCCGUCAGUUUUCAAAAGAAUAAUAACGUCGUUUAGAAGAAAGGGCUCAAAAAGAAAUUCAAAAGACGAGGAAAGAAUUGAACUAAGAUCAAGACCCCAAGAAGAUUUGCAACGAUCCAGAACAUUCUCUUUUAAAAGGUCUGACAGUAAAUCUGCAGAUGGACAGCUGACCAGAGAAGGAAGACGACGUUCAUCUUGGCAUGAUCUAGGAAGCUUUUUUCGUCAGAAGGAAGGAGCAUCACUCGAGGCUGGAGACCCAAAAGUAAACAGCACAGAUGCUGUCGACGCAAAUAACAAGCCUCAAGGAUCACAGGCACAGUCCACUGUUAUUCAAAAUAGAAAUGCCACUGGAAGGGGACAAGGUAUCAGCAAUCACAAAGGAACAGCACGAGCUUUUAGUUCCGGUGCGACAGCUGGCUCGACAGCAUCUCAGUUGGGGCCUGGCGGCAGGCAACAGAUGGGUAGCUACCGUCAUGCAGACGUCAAUCGCAAUGGAAUGGUACGCUUUAGCAAUAACAGAGACCAACAGCAUCGUGGUGUUGGUUCAAGAUCGCAAACAUCAGGGUAUACUGGUGGAAAGCCGGUUACAAGAUCUUACUCUGCUGGUGCAGCGGAUUAUCAGAAGUCCAAUAUUCAUCAAUAUAGACAUGACCCAAGAGGUAUCGCCUCUCCAAAUUAUAACAGAAAUCCUACCGCUGUCGCAAGGCAACAGCAUUCAAAUUCGGUUGCCAAUGCAAAUCCACACUCUUCAAUGAUAGGUCUAUCAAAAUCGAACAGUGUAUCUCAACAUUCUAUUCACUCGCUGCCCAAUUUAUAUCCUGCUUCUUCUGCAACAACCAUGGCGGGUAGUCAAGCUACAACUCAAACACGAUCUGCCCCAGUAUCAAUGGACGUCAUUAAUUCAAAUGAUUAUCGGUCACACACCGUUCCUGUACAUAAUAAACCUAAUCCACAAGUUUGGCAUUCAGGACCACCAUUUUACGGACCUCCUAACACGGCGGAUCCUCCCAAAAUACAACAAAAUUCUCGCCCAGGGCCGGCACCUAGGAAUUCAGCACCAUACGGACCUGUUUCCCAGAUGCAGCCUGGCUAUGCCCAGUCCCAACAGGGUAUUCGCCAAGGAACAGCACGCGCGCCGAUGGUCAGUAGUAAUGACAUGCAGUACAGUCAAAGAAGUGCGGAUCAGUCAAGGUUAAAUAAUCAGCAAAAUGCAGCAUUGGCAUCAAGGUUGGCCGCAGAUCCAAAUAGUAGUCAUAUCAACAGUAAUCGCAAAGGUGUACCUAAUGCAAAGUUGCCAUUUGAAGACGAGGAAGAAAUACUAGAUGGAAGGCAAACUCAGCAAUACUAUGAUCAAAUGAUUGCACAAAUCAAUGACAAAAUUGCAAAAGCGGUAGAGAGGGGUCAAAGUCCAUACGCUGUCUAUGCCGCCAACGACGACGAAGAGAGUGACUGGUGUUGACGUAAGUUUGAAUACCAAUAUCUGGUUUGAAUUCAAAUCGAGACAAGUCCUAAGAAGAAUUUAUUUUGGCUGCUGUUGCAUGGCUGAAGAAGCAGUGUUGCCUGGCAAACAUUGCUGCCUUUUUUCUAUAAUGAAAUCUCAUUUGGACCAAUUGCUGAUCACGUGUCAGACCUGGCAGCUGCCAAGAGGGAAGAAUGUAAAUCAAAGAACGCUUAUAUCGAUUUUCAUUGAUUAUUCUCAAUAAAAAGAUAUAUUCUCUAUAUGUUAACGAGCACAAGUAUUGCAGUUAUGAAUCUUGUGACCUUGCCUUAUAUUCAUUAAUUUUUAACGGCAAUUGCAAAAACCAUUCUUAUUGCGAAUUGUUCUCAUGGCAGGCCCAUGUAUUUGCGCCUUUUUUGCUACGAUUCAUAGAGCUUCUCUUGAUAAUAAUCGUAUAAACUUUAAAUAUGGAAUAUAAUAGGCAUUAAAAGACUAAAAGUAAACUUCAAAAUGGCUUCUUUCGAAUAAUUCCUCUCCCUAAGUAAAUGCUUACUUCUUUGACGUGAAAUCAAUUUGAAACGUAUGACUGAAAAUUUUUUCAAAAAUAAGAAUUUCAGAAUGAACUGUAAUUUAGAACACUCUCUCGUUGGGUGAGAAGCUGCAAUGGUUUAAGAUUGCUAUACUUGCAUUUUGUCAGUCAUGCAAAUAUGCAAACAUAUUUCUGUAGUUGCCUGUUAUUGUAUUGGUGGUAAUGUAAAUAGACUGUAUGUUAUCACUGACAUAGACUUUGAAGAAUUUUCUUUAUUUUGUCACAUUUGA